UGACGAUUAUUCCCGAUUCAGCAGAUGAUACUGUUGCAGUCCGCGAACGUGGAGGCUCUUUUGCGGGAUCAAGUUGAAAUUGUCUCAUGGAUCGAAAGAAUUAUCCUGAUUCGAUUACCGAAAGAACAUCCGAGAAACAACCACCUUUCAAGCUCUGUUUUUCCAAGGAUCGACUACUCGGAAGAUCGGACCUUCGAGCUUUGAAAACAGAAGACGAUCCUACCGCAUCGAAAUUCUACUCCACGAAAUACGAGAGCUACGAAAACGAGGAUAAAAAUGAGAAGGCGAAGGAUCAGCAAGGGAACAUUUACAAAUUCAUUAAUCGUCGAUCUCCGCUGACCAGCCACGCGUACGGCUGGUGGUACGAACAAGGUAUUCGACCGACGGAAUCUCGAAUUGACUUUCGAAAGAAGACAUCGGAUUUGGUAAACUAUCAGAUGAAGAUAUACGCGGAAGAUCAGAAGCUUAAAAAUUCGAAGCAUUGAUGAGUGAAAUAUUUCCACGUCUAAUCUUGAUAG